UGUUCCUGGGUGAGUCCAUUGUACUAAACAGCCUAGAAGAUGAAGCUGUCUGUGCUAAGCCACUUGUUGGCUUAUUACUUAUUCCAAGUCUCUGCAAUAACCAGAGAAUACUACAUUGGAAUUAGAGAAGUUGAUUGGAAUUACGCACCAGGGACAAAGAACAUCUUAUCUGGGAAGCCCUUUUCAGAAGAAGAGGAAGCUAGUGUCUUUCUACAGCAAGGCCCAGAUCGGAUAGGAAGCACAUAUAAAAAAGCUGUGUACACACAAUACACAGAUAACUCAUACAGUCAUGCUGUGGAAAAACCACCUUGGCUGGGCUUCCUGGGGCCAGUUCUCAAAGCAGAAGUUGGGGACUCCUUUGUCAUCCACUUAAAAAAUUUUGCUACUAGAGCUUAUAGUCUCCAUCCCCACGGUGUCAAAUACACAAAAGAAAACGAAGGAGCUUUCUAUCCUGAUAAUACUGAACAUUCACAAAAGAAAGAUGAUGCUGUGCAGCCAGGAGAGCAGUACGUUUAUAAGUGGGAUGUAACUGAAGAUCAUGGUCCAGCAGAAGGAGAUAGUAACUGCUUGACUAGGAUCUAUCAUUCUCAUAUAGAUGCUCCAAAGGAUGUUGCUUCUGGACUUAUUGGAGCUUUGGUCACUUGCAGAAAAGGCACUCUGCAGAAUGGAAAAGAUAAAGAUGUUGACCGUGAGUUUGUCUUGAUGUUCUCUGUGAUGGAUGAAAAUUUCAGCUGGUAUUUAGAUGAGAAUAUUAAGAAACACUGUUCUGAACCUGACAAAGUUGACAAAGAGAAUGAAGACUUCCAAGAAAGCAAUAAAAUGCACUCAAUCAAUGGAUAUAUGUAUGGGUAUCUUCCCAAUAUCACAAUGUGCACAGAAGAGAAAGUGAAAUGGUAUCUUUUUGGCAUUGGCAAUGAAGCGGAUAUCCAUUCUAUUUAUUUUCAUGGGCAAAUAUUGACCGAAAGGAAGCAUCGUGUCAACACAAUCAGCCUCUUCCCAGCUACCUUUGUGGAUGCUCUUAUGGUGCCCAAGAAUGAUGGUGAAUGGUUGCUUAGCUGCCAAGUCAAUGAUCAUAUAGAAGGUGGCAUGCAGGCCAUUUUUAAGGUGAAAAAUUGUAAAGGCCAUUCUCCUCCUUUCAAGAACAUCAUUACCAUAAGAAAUUAUUACAUUGCAGCAGUGGAAGAAGAAUGGAACUAUGCCCCAUCUGGAAAAAAUUAUUUCACGGGAGAACCCUUAAUUCAAGAUGAGUAAGUGCUGAUUUUUAAA